AUGGAGCAGGAGAUUGUCGAAGUUUCGCCAUUCUUCGCACAAUCGAAUGAGCCUGGCAGGACAUCGGCAAUCAACACCACAGCAGCUAGUGGUACCAAUGAUUCGUCUCAACAAGCAUCUGCAUUACCUCCUGUUUCAAAGGAGCCCGACUAUCCGUGGAGCAGAGACGUUCGAAAAGCACUAACUCAGAAGUUUAAACUAUCAGAGUUCCGUCCUAAUCAAUUGGAAGCUAUUAAUACCACUCUCAAUGGCAAAGACGUUUUCAUAUUGAUGCCAACGGGUGGAGGCAAAUCCCUUUGUUAUCAACUACCCGCUAUUAUUCAACGCUAUGCACGUCAGGGAGUAACUAUGGUUGUCUCUCCUCUCCUUUCUCUCAUGCAGGAUCAGGUUGAACAACUGGUGAAAGGCAGAGGGAUUGCCGCUGCUAUGCUCAAUAGUACAGUUGACGCUCAACAAAAGGCUUGGAUUUACAGAGAUCUCAAGAACAACACUACACCCACCAUUCAACUGCUGUACGUAACACCUGAAUUGCUCAGUAAAUCAGCCUACUUGAAGACCAUUUUGGAUGAUCUGUACCGUCGAAAUAAAUUGGCACGCUUUGUCAUUGAUGAGGCUCAUUGCGUUUCCCAAUGGGGACAUGAUUUUCGCCCCGAUUAUAAGCUACUUGGCUCACUGAAAGAUGACUACCCUACUGUGCCUAUUAUGGCAUUGACGGCAACAGCAAAUGAUGCUGUACAAAAAGAUGUCUUACACAACUUGAAAAUUGAUAAUUGCAAGGUUCUUCGUCAAAGCUUCAAUCGUUCCAAUCUAAUUUAUCAAGUCGUUAAAAAAAGCCAUAAAACAUUGUUGUUGGAUAUUAACAAUUUCAUCAAAGAGCAGAAUGCAGGAAAAUCGGGUAUUAUCUAUUGUAUCACGAAGAAAGAUUGUGAAAAUGUCGCUGAAAGCUUACGCAAAAAUUUUGGCGUUUCGAUAAAGCACUAUCAUGCCGCCAUGACAGCUGCAGAAAGAGCCGAGGUACAACGUGAAUGGCAAACGGGUGGUGUGCAAGUCAUUGCCGCCACCAUUGCGUUUGGUAUGGGUAUUGACAAGCCUGAUGUUCGCUUCGUAAUUCAUUAUUCCGUACCAAGCUCUGUCGAGGGUUAUUACCAAGAAACAGGGCGUGCAGGGCGCGAUGGAUUACCAGCCGUCUGUCGUCUGUACUACAACUAUUCUGAUACACGCACACAUCACUUUCUAAUUGAGAAUGGAGAUGGUAAUUGGGAGCAGAAGCAACGACUGAGGGAUAACCUAAAUCAAAUGAUGCGUUACUGUGAAAACGAAACAGAUUGCAGACGACAGCAAAUUCUAGCAUACUUUGGGCAGAAGUUUGAUCCUGCUUUAUGUCGAAAAAUGUGUGAUAAUUGUAAACGUAUGCAACGCUCAACCCGUGUGGUGGAGGAUAUGUCGAGUCAUGCAGUGACACUCGUCAAAAUGCUGAAAAAUAUCACCAGUGUUCCCAAUGGCUAUAUUACGAUGCCACAAUUGAUUGAUAUUUAUCGUGGAUCUAAAAUGAAGCGUUACAUAGAAGCAGAUUAUCAUUUAAUGGAAGGAUAUGGUCGUGGAAAAUCAAUGACAAAGACAGAAGUCGAUCGAAUAUUAAAAACUAUGAUACACGAUGGCGUCAUUCGAGAAAGGACAAAAAUGAAUUCAGGAGGCUUCCCUGUAACACAUGUUGUUUUGAGCUCUAAUGCGGAUAAUGUGUUGCGUGGAAAUCACAAGCUCCUUAUCUCAUAUACCAAGAAUGUGGGUUAUCUUGUUACAACAUUGUAUUUUAAAUUGUAA